UGCUUUGCCCGGAGAUGGGAACUUCCGGUGUAACACCAGUUUCCUGGGCUGCUGGCAUUUAAAUCCAGCUGGAAGGGGCUGAAUGUGCAUCGGUGGGUCCAGUCCCUCUGUCAUCCAAGCAGGAUCCUGAGCAUUUGCUUUGGAGGGGGCUUUUAUUUUUGCAAGUCCUCACUGAUUGUAUCAUUUGCAUUGACAGAACUGAUACAUUGUUGCAGAGGAGAUCCCAGCGGAAUCCCUGGUGCAGAUAUUUGCAGUACAUCCUGCAAUUUUUUUUAAUUUUUUUUUUUUGCAAAAUAUAUAUAUUUUUUUAAAUUGUCCCAAUUUCAGACCUUCCGCCCGCAGAGAUGUUCAGCUGGCUGGGGAACGACGACCGGAGGAAAAAGGAUCCUGAAGUUUUCCAGACGGUGAGCGAUGGGCUGAAGAAAUUAUACAAGACCAAGCUGCUGCCCCUGGAAGAAUAUUACAAAUUCCACGAGUUUCAUUCGCCGGCCUUGGAAGAUGCGGAUUUUGAUAACAAGCCCAUGAUUCUGCUGGUGGGACAGUACUCUACCGGGAAGACCACCUUCAUCCGGUACCUUCUGGAGCAGGACUUUCCCGGCAUGAGGAUCGGACCGGAGCCCACCACAGAUUCCUUCAUCGCGGUGAUGCAGGGGGAGGUUGAAGGGGUUAUUCCAGGCAAUGCUCUAGUGGUGGACCCCAAAAAACCUUUCCGAAAGCUGAACGCCUUUGGAAAUGCCUUUCUAAACAGGUUCGUUUGUGCACAGCUUCCCAACCCGGUCCUGGAAAGCAUCAGUGUCAUUGACACCCCUGGGAUCCUGUCCGGAGAGAAACAGAGGAUAAGUCGAGGCUAUGAUUUUGCCGCAGUGUUGGAGUGGUUUGCCGAAAGAGUGGACCGCAUCAUUCUGCUUUUCGACGCCCACAAGUUGGACAUUUCCGACGAGUUCUCCGAAGUCAUCAAAGCCCUGAAGAACCACGAGGACAAAAUGCGCGUGGUCCUGAACAAGGCCGAUCAGAUCGAGACCCAGCAGCUGAUGAGGGUUUACGGCGCCCUCAUGUGGUCCUUGGGCAAAAUUGUCAACACUCCAGAGGUGAUCAGAGUCUACAUCGGCUCGUUCUGGUCGCACCCGCUCCUCAUUCCUGAAAACCGCAAGCUGUUUGAGGCAGAAGAGCAGGACCUGUUCAGGGACAUUCAGAGUCUUCCACGUAACGCAGCUCUUCGAAAACUCAACGACCUGAUCAAACGAGCGCGCCUGGCGAAGGUCCACGCCUACAUUAUCAGUUCCUUGAAGAAGGAGAUGCCGUCAGUCUUUGGUAAAGACAAUAAGAAGAAAGAGUUGAUUGGAAGUUUGGGGGAAAUUUAUUCUCGAAUUGAACGAGAACAUCAGAUCUCUCCAGGAGACUUUCCCAACCUGAAGAAGAUGCAGGAUCUCUUGCAAUCCCAAGAUUUUAACAAAUUUCAACCUCUGAAGAGCAAGCUCCUGGAGACUGUAGAUGAGAUGCUGGCCCAUGACAUUGCCCACUUGAUGGUACUGGUUAGACAAGAAGAAACUCAGAAACCAGUCCAGAUGGUAAAAGGAGGUGCCUUUGAGGGUACCCAAAAUGGCCCCUUUGGACACGGUUAUGGGGAAGGGGCAGGUGAAGGCAUUGACGAUGCGGACUGGGUAGUAGCCAGAGAUAAGCCCAUGUAUGACGAGAUCUUCUACACUCUGUCUCCCGUCAAUGGCAAAAUCACUGGUGCUAAUGCUAAGAAGGAAAUGAUGAAGUCCAAGCUGCCGAAUACUGUUCUUGGAAAGAUCUGGAAGCUUGCCGACAUAGAUAAAGAUGGUUUGCUGGACGAUGAGGAGUUUGCCUUAGCCAACCACCUAAUUAAGGUGAAAUUAGAAGGCCAUGAGCUUCCCAACGAUAUUCCCUGUCAUCUAAUUCCACCAUCCAAGCGGAAGGUGACAGAAUAAAGCUGGGAGAACAUUGAAAGUGUUGGAAGGAAGAGAGGAGACUCGGGAAGUUUACGAGUUUCCUUUAUGUCGAGUUAAUGUGAAGUGAGCCUGCUUGUGGCAUUUUGAUUUAACAGAAUAUAUCCAUAUCAAGAUGCGAUUCACAAUUGAGCUUUUAUUAACCGUUAACCAGAAGCUAAUACUCAUUCCUUGUGUUGACUAAAACGAAGACAGAAAAAAAAAUUCCAAAUAUAAAGGGAAGAGAGAACUUUAAGACGUAACGCUUUCUCAGAUCUGUGUUUGCGUUGUAUUGUGCUUCCUUUUGUUCUUGAUGCUUUCCAGAUACCUCGCUGUAUUGUUCUCCAUGUGUUAUGCAGAUUGUUUUUGUGUCCUUUUUAUGUGUCUGUUUCUACUGAUUGCGAUACUUUGUCAUGAGAUCUUUUAAAGGGGUUCUCCACUGUUGGCUCUUCAGAAGGUUGGAGUUUACCAUCAGGUCUCCAUUAGACACAGCCAACAUACAGUAGGUACGUCAUCAAGUACGGACCUACCAGAUGGAUCCUGUUCAUUGUAGACUCUUUGUCUGUAGUUGGCAGUAGUGGAGAACUGUUUUAAUUAUAUUUUAAAACCUUGAGGGUAGAGGGAUAUUCGGCUACUAGUGCCAUGAGCCUGGUGCAUGACCUCAUGUGACUUUCCUCCAAUUUGACUACUUUUUUCCACCAUAGUGGUCAGUUUUGGGGGAACCCAAUUUUAAAUUUGACUACUCUCUUCCACCAUAGUGGUCAAUUCUGGCGGAGCCUUAUUUUCCAUUUGACUACUCUCUUCCAUUUUGGUGGAGCCCGAUUUUUCCAUUUGAGUAGUCUCUUCCACCAUAGUGGUCAAUUUUACAGAUCCCAAUUUUCCCUUGACUUCUGAGGGACAAAAGGUGAGAUUUGUAUUGGAGAUCACUAUGGUGGAAACCUUGUGGGAUCCUUGCCCGUCAUCCGACCCCAAUGUUGUAUGGCAGGUCUUAUUCUGUACCAGCACAUGGCAGUAGAUGUAUAGCCCUCACCUUAACCCUUUAGGGUGUAGUAUGGAUACUCUUGUAGUAUGGAUUCUCCUGUAAGGAUUGUAAUUGGAUGUUGACUCAUGAGAUGACACAACCAUAGAAAGUAGGUACACUAUGAAGUCUUACUAGGUUGAAGUAGAGGACCACGGGUUCUGCAUGUGAUGAUAGAUCGGAAUCGGAUGCAGCCAUUUUUUAAGCUAUACCAAGAUCCAUUCAAAAUUAGUAGUGACAUCCAUGAGGCACAUGGUGUCUCGCGCCUCAUGCAUUGAUACUAAAUAUGGAUUAUUGGUUGAUGCAAAAAAAAAAAAAAUGGCUGCCUGCAGUGAGUGUAAUGUGAUAAGAACCUAUAAAAUGCUGUGAGAUUAUUCUUGAUAUUAAAGGAGAUUGUUAGAAAUAGUACCAGGGGCAAGAAUACCGUAUUUUGAUCUGCUGAGUAUAUAACUUAUUUUAUAAAAUAUAAGCUUUGAACUCUG